ACUAUCAAGUGCAAUGUUUCCGAGGUCCUGACACAAAGUCGUUUCCUUAUAUAGGAGCAUGGAUACCGGAAAAUCUCAACAAGCUGGUGAUCGACGCCCACCUCCGAAUUACGCUGCACUCAGAAAGAUGGGUGUGAAAGACUUUGAGGGAUCUUCUGACCCUGAUGUGGUUGACGCAUGGUUGUUGAAGCUCACUCGCACCUUGGACGAGCUGCGCAUCGAUAAUCAUGAAGACAGGAUCGCUAUGGCUGUCCAAGUGCUUCAAGGAACUGCUAGAGAUUGGUGGCACCUCCAACCGAAGAGUGAAGUAGUACCUCUGGAGAUCACCUGGAAUCAGUUUAUGAAGAUGUUUCUCGAUGAGUAUAUUCCCCAAAUAGUCUGGGAUGAUAAGAGAGAAGACUUUAUGAAGUUGAAGCAGCAGUGGGGGUAGAGUGUGACAGAAUACACAGAGCUAUUCAAG